GCAGCCAGCCAGCGGCCGGCCUCGAAGACCCCCUAGCCGGAGGGCGAGGCCCGCUGUGCCCGGCACGAGCGCCCUUUCGCGGCCACAGGCGUCCGUCCUCCGGCCCGGUGCUCCCGCGGCCGACCGGGGUUCAUGGAGCUGCGGCUGUGGCUCCUUUUCGGGCUCGCAGUGACCUCCGCCGCAGGAUUGGCGCCUCGCCCCCAGCCUGGGGACGCUGGCAGGAGCGGCGAGCCCCGGGCCCCCUCUGCAGCCAGAUCGGAGGGGGACACGGAGGAGACUGUGCCCAGAACAGCAGUGCGUGGUCCAAGCCCCCGAAGCCCUGGGCAGGAGGAGGGACCUGGUCGGUUUGGGGAGCAGGCGGCCAAGGGAGGCCCUGUGCACCACCGAGCCCGGCGCUGUACAUGUUUUACCUACAAGGACAAAGAGUGUGUCUACUAUUGCCACCUGGACAUCAUCUGGAUCAACACUCCUGAACGGACUGUGCCCUAUGGACUGUCCAACUACAGAGGCAGCUUCCGGGGCAGGAGGUCGGCCGGGACCUUUCCGCAGAGCUCGCAGCCGUCGAAGGGGACGCCGCGCUGCGCCUGUGCGGAGAGCGAGGACGCCGCCUGCGUGCACUUCUGCGCCUGGACCCCAGCUGCCCGCGGGAAUUCAAGGACGGCACGAACACCUGACAGAGAAGCAGGAAAGCAGGCCAGCGGUGCUGCCGGGGGCGUGCGUCCGAGGAGCUGCGCUCUAGCGGCCACGCUGAGAUUGCUGAGCGUCUGAAGUUGAUGGAGUGUUUAGUCAUCCACGGGGAUGGGGAGAGGCCGCCUCCUCCCCCGACGGCAGAGAGAUAAGAGCCGGCAUUUGAGUGCCUGCCGAGGUCCUGAUGUGAUGGUGGAUGCCGGGGUGCUAGCCUUGACCAAAUGCUAAAUUUUCGAUGAGUAUAUCCUAAGUGUUACAGGUAUAAAAGCGAGUGUCACAAGGAAAUGGAAGGGACUGAUUUGCCAGCAGGAUGGGGUACAGUUUAGAGAAGCAAUUAUUUAUUGUGAAACUGUUCUCUGUGUCAACUCCUUUUGGCGGAUGUGUUCAACGCAAAGCCUCUGUACAUAGAGAGAUGUUCACUUGUGUUCUGAGUCCCACCUCAGUCCUUAGGGCUUGAAUCACAUUUUUAAACACCUGUGCACUGUUUGUCUCUGUGGCAAGAUGAUAUCUCGGAGAGAAAUUCAUUCAUUGUGCUAACACA